UACUGUCCACUUCAGAUGAACAAACUAUUGACUAGGGUUCGUACAUACAGUCAAAAAGAUCACCGGUAACGAAGAUAAAAAAAGGUGGUGAUUAUUGUUCAAAAAAAGUUGUUAAACAUCUAAACAUUUAUAGAACCAAUAAAUACAUAAUCUGCAGAAUAAUUUAUUAUGGAAUAUAGUCGGCAAUUCUGCUCCUAGGGUUGAAAUAGUGCAACCAUUUGAAGGUUAAAGAGGUUAAGACCGAGGACCACAUCCAAAGUCAAUUGACACUAGGGGUGCGUCGAAAAUUAAUGCAAAAAUUCAAGUUACAUUUAUACUUGUGAAAAUAAAUAAUUGUUACAAUGCCAUAUGGUAAAUCAUGGUUUCGAUUUUUGUCUUUCGCCACACUAUCAAUAGUAUCAAUGGCGGCAGGUUCGCAAAUUGUGCACAACAUAUACAAACCACUCGACGAUUUGGAUCAUCUUAUAGAAGAGGCAUUAAAAGCAAGAUUAUCCGAAGAUCAGAAUGUACUAACUGAUAAACAUGAUGUAAUGUAAAUAAAGUGUGCAGUUUUGUAAAUAAUAAAGUUCAAAA